AUGUUGGACCUGCAGUCCUUGAAUCUUGCAGGCUCUAUAGCACCACAUGUUGGAAAUUUGAGUUUCCUGAGGGUCAUUUAUCUCCAAAACAACAGCUUCAGCCAUCAAAUUCCUACCGAAAUUGGUCAUCUCCGCAGACUUCAGGGUUUGCACUUGGAGAAUAAUUCACUCAGCGGUGAAAUUCCCUCUUACUUGUCAGCUUGCUCUCAACUCAUCAUAGUUUCUCUUGGUUUCAAUUUUCUGGUAGGAACAAUUCCGGAGGAGAUUGGCAAUUUGCGGAGGCUAAGAACAAUUGCAAUUUACCACAACAACCUAUCAGGAAGUCUCCCUCGGUCUUUUGGCAACUUAUCAUCUCUUGAAGUGCUUUCAGUGUCCACUAAUAACUUGAAUGGGAGUAUUCCAGAUAUUUUUGGCCAACUAGCAAAUCUUACAACUCUUAUAUUGGAUCUGAAUAGCUUCUCCGGUAUGCUUCCUCCCUCACUUUUCAAUCUCUCUUCUCUAAUAUUCUUCUCUGUGGUAGUAAACAGAGUCCAAGGGUCUUUGCCCUCAAACAUAGGUGUGGUCUUUCCAAGGCUUGAGUACUUUGAUAUUGCUCGUAACCAAUUUCAUGGACCUAUUCCUGUUUCAUUGUCUAAUGCCUCAAACCUAGCUCACUUUGGAAUUUCAGGAAACCAACUACAUGGAGAAGUCCCUUCUUUGGAAAAUUUACAUAGGCUUGAGAGAUUAAUUCUGGGAAUAAACCAUCUUGGAAGUGGGAAAAUUGGUGACUUGAGCUUUAUAUGCGAUUUGGUUAAUGCCACUCGUUUAGAGUACCUGGAAAUUAAUUCAAACUACUUUGGGGGCAUGUUACCUCCCUGCAUAGCUAACUUAUCUUCUUCUCUUGUAUCACUCUUUGUAUCUUGGAAUAAGAUUUUUGGAAGAAUGCCUAAUGGGAUAGGGAAUCUGCAUAACCUGGAGAAGCUUCGUCUGUCUUUUAACCAAUUUUCAGGUCACAUUCCCCCGGAUCUGGGAAAGCUUAACAAUCUAUAUGAAUUAGACUUGGCUGAGAACUUACUAUCCGGGAAUGUACCAUCCUCUUUUGGAAAUUUGAGUGGAUUAAAUAGACUAUAUCUGUCUUACAACAACCUUCAAGGAAAUAUCCCUUCCAGUUUAGGUCAGUGUCUCAACUUGAUUCUCUUAUCUCUUGCUUAUAACAAUUUAAGUGGUAUUAUUCCUGGAGGAAUGAUUGGGCCAUCAUAUUCAUAUGUUGAAUGGGAUCUAGGGGACAAUAACUUUUCUGGCUUCCUUCCUGAGGAAGUAGGAAAUUUAAUAAAUCUGGGGACUCUAGAUGUUUCUGGAAAUAUGUUAUCUGGUGAAAUUCCGACUAGGCUAAGUGGUUGUAUAGCGUUAGAGUAUCUAUACCUGCAGAGGAACUUCUUUCAAGGGACAAUUCCAGCAUCUUUGGGUUCACUAAGAGGUAUUAAAUAUUUAUAUCUUUCUCACAACAACUUGUCUGGAGCGAUUCCAGAAUUCUUGGAGGGCCUCGAAGUUCUGCAGUAUCUGAAUCUAUCUUAUAACCAUUUGGAAGGCAUAAUACCAGCCAAAGGAAUUUUCAUGAAUGCAACUGCCACAUCAGUCAAAGGAAAUAGUGGACUUUGUGGGGGCAUACCUGCAUUUCAAUUGCCAAAAUGCAGAUUUAGACAUACCAAAAGGCCAAGAUUGAGCCUCACCUUGAGACUAACAAUCUCCCUUGUUUGUGGGCUUCUUGGAGUUACCUUUACACUGUUGUUUUUGUACUUCUGUUGCAUGCAGAGGGAAAGAACAAGGCAAAGUAUUUCAAGUAAUUCAGAAAAUUUUCUCAAGGUGUCUUACCAUAGUCUUGUAAAAGCUACUGAUGGAUUCUCCUCAGCCAACUUGAUCGGCAUGGGCAGUUUUGGAUCAGUUUAUAAAGGAGUGCUCGAGCAAGGUGACACAACUAUUGCUAUCAAGGUACUUAACCUUGUUCAUCCGGGAGCUUCCAAAAGUUUCACUGCUGAGUGUGAGGCCUUGAAAAAUAUCAGACACCGUAAUCUUGUGAAGGUACUCUCUGCAUGUUCAGGUACUGAUUAUCGUGGCUGUGAUUUCAAGGCCUUAAUUUAUGAGUUCAUGGUUAAUGGGAGCUUAGAGGAAUGGUUGCAUCCUCAGGAAAUUAAUGGCGUGAAAGAUGAGAGGCAGAGGAUCCUAAAGUUUUCUCAGAGGUUGAACAUUGCCAUUGACAUUGCAAUGGCAUUGGAAUAUCUCCAUUAUCAUUGUGAGACCCCGAUAGUUCACUGCGAUCUCAAGCCAAGUAAUGUUCUUCUUGAUGAUGAUAUGGUUGGUCAUGUGGGUGACUUUGGGUUGGUAAAAUUCCUUCACAGAGCUUCUGACACUGUUUCUGGAGAUCAAUCGAGCUCCUUGGGAGUAAGAGGAACAAUUGGUUAUACUCCUCCAGAAUAUGGCAUGGGACAUGAAGUUUGGACACAAGGUGACGUGUACAGCUACGGCAUCCUUCUGUUGCAAAUGUUUACUGGAAGUAGACCAACCGAUGACUUGUUUCAAGGUUCUUCAAAUAUUCAUUACUUUGUGAAGGCGGCUCUGCCUGCACAAGUUCUAGAGAUUGUGGAUCCUGUUCUUGUUCAAGAAAAAAUGGAGGGAGAGAUGAGAAGAAACAAUCAUCUUAAUGAUGAUAGCACAAGGGUUUCCAACAAAGUUCAAGAAUGCUUGGCUACAAUUUUAGAAAUUGGUGUUGCUUGCUCCACAGAACUGUCUACAGCGCGGUUAGACAUUAGUGAUGUUGUUGCUGACAUGUGUCGAAUAAGAAAUAAAUAUCUAGCAAAUAGAAUUUGUGAAUAG